AUGAAGUCGAGCCCAUAUCACGCGCUCCGCGUCGUUCGCCAGCUGAUUGCAGACGACGGACAUAAGUUUCCAAUGGCAGCAGCGAUCGCAUCGUCCUGCACAUACAUGGAUGACGUAUGCUUCAGCAUUAUGUCAGAUGAUUCGCAACAGCAGGAUGAAUCUGUUGCUAUCGCUGCGGCUAAGGAGCUUAUUGACCUAUUCAAAUGCGGUCAAUUUGAUCUUGUCAAAUGGACCUGCAACUCAGAGACCGUGCUACGUGAGAUACCUGCUUCUCAUAGGGCUUCCGUAGACUUGGAAAUAGACCCAGGAGUCUCGCAAAAGGUCCUUGGCUUGUGUUGGAAUAAAUCUGGCGAUUAUUUCUAUUUCAAGGUGACAGAGCCAGAUCCAACGUGUACUAAAAGGACAAUCUUGUCUGCAGUGGCUCGCCUAUGGGAUAACGUCGGCUUAGUAGCUCCAGUUGUCCUUUACGCAAAACUCCUCAUACAGGAGCUUUGGUUGAUCAAAUGCGACUGGGAUGAAACUCCCCCGACCCAUAUUGUAAAUUUAUGGGAACGAUUUUGUUCUGAGUUGCCAAAAUUGAAUGAAAUUCAUAUACCGCGUCAUCUCGGGGUAGUACAAGGUUGUACUAUAAACCUCUUAGGCUUCGGUGAUGCUUCCGAGCGGGCAUAUGGAGGUGUAGUUUAUCUUCAGGUCAUAAACGGGAAUGAAGUGACAGUUCGAUUGGUGUGUUCCAAGUCGAAGGUCUCUCCCUUGAAGACAGUCUCUGUAGCGAGAUUAGAGCUGUGUGCUGCUGUCCUCCUGGCAAAGCUCAUGCGGAAGGUGCAAGAUAAUUUCGAGCCCCGUUACAACAUUAACGAGAUCUACGCCUUUACCGACUCGAAAGUUGCGCUCUGCUGGAUUCAGUCAUCACCACACCGCUGGCAAACAUUCGUUGCCAAUCGCGUUGUUAAGAUAAUUGAAGCUGUACCGGCCAGCUGCUUCCAUCAUGUGGCGGGCUUAGAAAAUCCCGCGGAUUGCUUGUCGCGUGGCCUGACGCCUGCUAAGCUUGUGGAUCAUCCUUUGUGGUUUACAGGACCGGCUUGGGCAUCCAAGCAUCCAUCAGAAUGGCCUUUAAGGGAGCUCGAUCGAGAGUCCAUCGGAGAAGUGCCGGAGCUUAAGCCUCUUGCACACGCUACUACUACGGAUGUGUCAGAGUCACCACUUUAUUCCCUCGCGCAGCGGAUAUCGUCGUGGUCUCGAUUACUGCGCAUCGUCGUAUACGUGUACCGCAUCCUUAAUCCGAAACCGCUCCCCACGGCCCUUACCCGAUCCGACUUAGAGUUUGCUGAAGGCAAAAUUCUCUCAUCGUUGCAAAACGAACAUUUUUGUGACGAUAUUGAGAAAAUUAAGAGCAAGAAAUAUUGCUCACCUGCUUUACAAAAGCUCAAACCGUUCUUAGACAAAGACGGUCUAAUUCGUGUUGGAGGCAGGUUGACAAAUACAGACUUGCAGUAUUCUCAGAAGCACCCAAUUGUGCUCCCGCGACGUGAUCAUGUAGUCAAUAUGAUCGUUGACUACGUUCACAGAAAGCAUUUGCAUGCUGGUCCCGAGUCAAUGAUGACUAUACUUAGGCUUCAGUAUUGGAUUCUGUCGGCUCGUCGUGUCAUUCGCGACCGCAUUGCCAAAUGCAACACUUGUUUCAGAGCGAAUCCACAAUCGUCUUUUCCGCUCAUGGCAGACUUACCGGGCUGUCGCGUGAAUCAAGUGGAUAAACCGUUUACGCAUACAGGGUGUGAUUAUGCAGGCCCUCUGCAAUAUACGCCUACUCGUGGCAGAGGAGUGAAGAGUCGCAAGGCUUGGUUAUGUAUUUUCACUUGCCUCACUACGCGCUGUCUUCACAUUGAGAUAGCGACGGAAUUGAGUACCGCCAACUUCAUGGCUGCAUUAAAGCGCUUUUUGGCACGCCGUGGUCCCGUCCAAUGCAUGUAUUCGGACAAUGGAACCAAUUUCGUUGGCGCCAAUUCUUAUAUGCGUGACCUCUACAAGUUCUUGGAUGCUCAUCGUCCACUUAUAGAGAUGGAACUAGCGGAGAACCGCAUUGAUUGGAAGUUCAUCCCUCCUGCUUCUGCUCAUUUUGGAGGCGCAUGGGAGUCUAUGGUGAAAAUAGUAAAAAAUCACCUUUUCAAGGUGAUCGGUACGCAAAUACUGACGUACGAAGAACUUCUAACGACGCUUGCUCAGAUAGAAGCGCUCGUUAAUUCCCGGCCUCUAACAGCCUUGAGCAGUGACCCCGCUGAGCCAUCAGCUCUUACUCCUGCUCAUUUUCUCCAUACUGCUCCACUGUUGUCGUUACCUACUCCAUUGGUCGAGUCAGGUAACUUACGUGAACGACAUGCCCUCCUAGAUAGGAUAGUGCAGUCUUUCUGGCAACGAUGGCGAGCAGAGUAUCUGCAUCAGUUGCAAUCUCGAGCUAAAUGGACAACGCCAUCAGUUCCCAUCGCAAUUGGCACAGUAGUCGUCAUUAAAGUAGAUAAUGCGCCGCCAUUCUCAUGGCCAUUGGGUGUUGUAGACGCAGUGCAUCCUUCAAAGGACGGCUCAACCCGCGUUGUUACUGUCAGGACAAGUAAAGGAAGUUUCGUCCGUCCUGUCAUGCGGUUGUGUCCUUUGCCUAACCAGUAA